CAAAUUAUAGAAGAGAGAGAAAAGAUAUUAGAAAACCGAAGGCAAAUCAACCAAACAUUUUUAUUGAGAGCGAAUAUUCUACAAAGUGAACGAUCAUUCCAUUUUGACAGGCAAGGAAAUUAGAAGAUAAUACUUAUAUUCUGGAUACACUCUAGUGCAGUGAACAAGAACUGAGAAAAAUUUGGAUAAAAUUAACUUAUUUGAAGAAAAUAGGAGUACUUGUUCAUCCCUUAAUUAGAAAAAAAUAAUGGAUAGAGCCAAAAAGAUGAUGAUGUUAAUGAUAGCUAUCAGCUGUGUACUUGCAGUAACUUUAGCUGACAAGGCCAACAAACAGGAUGAAGGUCCUGUAAUUGGAAUAGAUCUUGGUACAACAUAUUCAUGUGUUGGAAUUUUCACUAAAGGGCAAGUAGAAAUUAUACCAAAUGACCAGGGUAAUCGAAUUACUCCAUCUUACGUAGCUUUCACAGAUGAAGGAGAACGUCUUAUUGGUGAUGCUGCCAAAAAUCAGCUGACCUCUAACCCUGAAAAUACUGUCUUUGACGUUAAACGUUUGAUUGGUCGAACCUGGGAUGACCCAUCUGUUCAGAAAGACAAAGAAUAUUAUCCAUUUAAAAUUGUCAACAAAAAUGGUAAACCACAUAUCCAAGUAACUGUCAAGGGUCAGAAGAGAAUCUUUGCCCCUGAAGAAAUUUCUGCUAUGGUUUUAGGAAAGAUGAAGGCAAUCGCGGAGGAUUAUUUGGGUAAAAAUGUAACCAGGGCUGUUGUCACAGUUCCCGCCUAUUUUAACGAUGCCCAACGUCAGGCUACCAAGGAUGCCGGAAGAAUAGCUGGACUAGAUGUAUUAAGAAUUAUUAACGAACCGACGGCAGCAUCUAUAGCUUAUGGUUUAGAUAAGAAAGGUGGAGAAAAGAACAUCGUUGUGUAUGAUCUCGGUGGAGGAACAUUUGAUAUUUCAGCUCUUACAAUCGAUCAAGGUGUUUUUGAAGUUCUUUCAACUAAUGGAGAUACACAUUUAGGUGGUGAAGAUUUUGACCAAAGAGUAAUGGAGUAUUUCUUAAAAGUUAUCAAAAAGAAAAGUGGUAAAGAUAUUAGAAAGGACAACCGAGCUGUACAGAAAUUACGUCGUGAAGUAGAAAAAGCCAAAAGAACCUUGUCUUCCCAACAUCAAGCUAGAAUUGAAAUUGAAUCUUUAUUCGAUAGUGAAGAUUUCUCAGAAACUUUAACCAGAGCUAAAUUUGAAGAAUUGAACAUGGAGUUGUUUCGAUCGACUUUGAAACCAGUAACGAAUGCUUUGAAGGAUGCUGGGUUAGAAACUUCAGACGUAGAUGAAAUCAUUCUGGUUGGUGGCUCAACACGUAUACCUAAAAUUCAAGAACUUGUGAAAACGUAUUUCAGCGGCAAGGAGCCGAAUCGUGGUGUCAAUCCUGAUGAAGCUGUUGCCUAUGGUGCUGCUGUACAAGCUGGUGUCCUUGGUGAUGAAAAGAUGGAUGAAAGCUAUGUUGUUCUGGAUGUUAAUCCAAUGACCCUUGGCAUAGAAACCAUGGGUGGCGUCAUGACCAAACUUAUUCCCAGAAACACCGUCAUUCCAACCAAAAAAUCUCAGAUCUUCUCUACAGCUGCCGAUAAUCAGCCUGUUGUUACAAUUCAAGUUCUUGAAGGGGAGAGAACUAUGGCCAAAGACAAUCAUUUAUUAGGUAAAUUUGAUUUAACAGGAAUUCCCCCAGCUCCACGCGGUGUCCCCCAAAUUGAAGUCACUUUUGAAAUUGAUGUCAAUGGUAUUUUAAAAGUGUCUGCCGAAGACAAAGGAACAGGUCAGAAGAACAACAUAGUGAUAGAGAAUAAUGACAACCGAUUAACACCAGCACAGAUCGAAAAAAUGUUGAAAGAUGCAGAAAAAUUUGCAGAAGAUGAUGAAGCACUUCGUAAAAAAGUUGAUGCCAGAAAUGAACUUGAAGGUUAUGUUUAUUCGUUAUCCAAUCAGAUUGAAGAUAAAGAAAAGCUCGGAUCUAAACUAAGUGAGGAAGAUAAAGAAACGAUAAAAGAAGAGAUUCAGGGAAAAAUGAAAUGGUUAGAAAAUUAUAAAGAUGCUGACGCCGAGGAACUGAAAUCACAGAAAUCAGAAUUAGAUCAGAUCGUUCAACCAAUUAUUUCAAAACUUUAUCAAAAUUCUGACUCGGAUUCAACAACGACAGAUAACGAUAGAACUGACUUAUAGAUAGAUGUGAUUUGAAAAUUCUGAAAUGUCUCUAGAUGAUGACUCGGGUGACUCUCAAAUAAUUAUCUGUGGACAACAUCAUAAUAUCGUCAGGGGUCGGAAAUACUAGGACUAAUUUACACGUUUUUAAAGCUGUUUGUCUUGAAGUUAGGCUACAGCAGAUUGCUAAUGGUUGUAGACUGUUUCCACUCGUCAACCAAAUUCAAAAACACGAUACUUAAGAAAUGUUUUAAUUGGUUUAUAUCAUACUUUUGAUACUUGACAGUGAUAUGAUUGAACAUUGUACAUAAAAAUCAUCCACAAAUUAUUAUUAUCGAGAGUCAUCACUGCCUUAGACAUCUGUGAUAAAAGUGCAAUUAUUUUCCCUGUUUUAUUUAUUGUGAAAUUGUUUUGAAGAAAGUGAAGAUAAGUGUGCUAGUUUAAUGUAGAGGAUGAUUCGACUUGUAUAUAUUAUAUUUUUUAUUCCUAAGAGAAACGUGAUUUCUGUGGGUGAAAAUGGUGGAUAAAUGAAUAAUAAUGUACACUUUGUAUUUUAUGUUAAAGGUUCUGAUCCGAUUUGAUUUAGAUCCAAAUAGAUUUAUAAUAUAGGUUUAUUUGGUGGGUUCUCUCAAUUAAUGAUGGCGCUAGUCCUAUGCGAUUAAAAAAAAAAAUUCGAAAAAUUAAGCGGAUGUUGUUGUGUCGUUUACUAAUUUUAGUUUAAUUUUUGGCUUACUGUGUAGUCAGUGGAAGAUCAAAUCGGUCAACUGGAUUUAUUGAAUAGAUGUAAAAUUUGCAACAAAGAUAAAUUGUCAACCCACAUCUAAUAAAAUCAACAAUUUUUAUUUUUGGACCAAAUCAUUUUGAGUAUGGAUAUAUAUAGGCCCUACAUGUAUAUAUUUUAAAUAGAUUUGAUUUGUAUAUUCUAUUGUCUGUACAUGUAAAUAAUAAUUAUAUAUAUCUUAUAACCGUAUUACAUGUAUAUAAUUUCUAUUAUUAUUUUUGUUGAGAUAUCGAAUAAUAAAACUAUUGAUUUUUAUUAAAAAAAAGAUAAUGGUACAGAAUU